UUUAUAUCUCAGAAGUUCUUAUUUAUAUCGGGCUUAGAGUAGUUCAUUUCAGUUGAGGUAAACGUGAAGCAUUAGAUUGCAAACGUACCUAAUCCAUCUCUCCUCCCCCAUGACUAGAAAUCCUGUGGUUAAAAUAACACAGCCUCUAUUCAGAGCACAAACUUAGAGCCGCUAGCUGAAGCAGACUUGGGAUUUACAGAACUCUCAGCAGAUGAGCCUGGUAGGGUGUUUUGGUUUUUUUUUUAUCCUAUUUCUGAUCCACAAGAGGAAGCUACGAUCUCUCCAAUUUACAUUCAAGUGAUGGAUCCUGCUGGAGAGGGGUUUCCAAUGGCACAGCUCUGAUUGAAACCAGUGCAACAUGUUCAGUGUCGAGGACCUCCUAAUUUCUCAUGGAUACAAACUGACAAAAAACCCUCCUGCUUCCUAUGAGAACAGAUACGAUGGAUACCGUCAUGAAAUUGUAGAGAACAGAUCUGCUCAUGGAACAGUGAAUGGAUUUCAGAGAGAACCUGGAGCCUGCACUUACAGCAAGAAACUGGUGGCCAAAGGUAACUUCUGCGACAAUGAAAGCUAUCACAGGAACCAAGGGAGACCGGCGGGUCCUGGCUACCGCCAUGACUUCAAGGGUUUGUCCACUUUUCCUACUUCAGAAGGGGGGAUAUAUGAAAAACCUCAGUUAGCAUGGUCUUCUCAGCCCAAGACUGAUAAAGAUCUUGCCUACUGGAGAAGAAGAGGACAAGACUUUAGUGUAUUGCUGGGUUAUUCUGACAAAGGAGACUCUGAAAUGAAAGGACUGGCACCAACCCAUGGGCUGCACAGACAUACUAAAGAAAGUCAGCUGGAGGUAGGUGCAGGAACAGAGUAUGUGGCAAGAAGCAGUUUGCAGGACAGCUGUAAAGUGCCUGGCGAUUACAAAUGGCAGAGUUUAAGAAUGGAAAGCUGGAAACAACCUCAAAAACUAGGAAGACAAAUGUCAGACAGUGAGAGAGAGAAACUGCUUCAAGACCUAUACUCAUUUACCCUAGGAGAUAAUGGACUUAGCUCCCAUAACAAAGGGAAAUCACAAUCAUUGCCAAGAGUUCUUUCACCAGAGAGCCUGAGGGGUGUGGAAAUGCCCUCCCUGACAAAUAACAAUCAUUUAUUUAGUGGAGCUAAAGCACCCUCUCAUCCCCCAAACAGAAUGACUUUGGAAUCCACAAAAUACCCUGAAACUGGAUGCCACUUUCUCCCUUUGGCCAAGCCCAAGUAUGGCAGACCCCUGAAACCUCCAUCCUAUGAACUGUACCAACAAACAAGGGCCUCUACAGAAACCAGUGGCUUGCAGAACCACCAGCAAAAAGAUGAAGCAGUUUCCUAUUUAGCCAAAGUUAAUGAGCCACGGCAAGAUGUUUGCAUUCAAGACUGUAACUUGGAGCCCCCAGUCUAUGUACCUCCUCCAUCUUACAAAUCUCCACCUCAGAGAAGCAUGAAUCAGCAUUCCCAUAAUGACGUGCCUAACUAUGAUGUAUACUUCAAUAAUGAACAACAGCAUCCAUCAGACAGGCUUGUUGUCUGUCACCAACCAUCUACCAGUACAUUUGAGAUGGCAGGGGAACACCGCAAAGAGGAACACCUUCCUCAAGGAAGACAAAGCCGUUCUAAGCGCAUUGAUGACUACAUGAGUUCUGUUCAGUAUAUUCCUUUUGAUGAUCCUCGAAUACGGCAUAUUAAAAUAGCACACACAGAGAGUCUCCAGGACAAUGCUAAACACACCAAAAAUACACAUCGGGCCAGUCCCAGUACUUUGCAGGAGGGAACUCUCGAAGUACAAUAUGAUAGUGCCUUUAUGGAAACCUCAGACUUAUCAGAUGCUGUAAAGGGUGAAAGAACAUCAGGCAGCUCCAUCCAUAACAGCAAGUGGUUGGCAGCAUCCUUUGGAGAUCAGGAAAAUUGUGCCUUCCCUGACCAAAGAGACAGUUAUACCACAAGUAAUCACAUUCCCAGUAAUGAAACGAAUACGGAGUACACAAAAGGCAAACUUUCUGUAGGAAACCAGCAUAUGGAUAACACCUGUGAGACUGUUACUAAAGUUAAAAAGUUUGAACCUAGAGCUGGGAUGCAAAACAAAAGGAGUUCAAAGAAAAAAAUGAAUGAAACUAUAUUUUGCUUGGUCUCUAUCCCAGUUAAACCUGAAUCAAAUUUGCCAGAUACAGAUAGGAACAACAACUUAACAGACAGCCCUGAUAAGAAUGGGUUUGAUAACAAUGGGGCCUUGCAAGAACAAAGUCUAUUAAGCAUGUCUUCAACUGACUUGGAGUUACAAGCUCUCACAGGAAGCAUGACCAAUAAAAAUGAGUUACAAAAACAAGAGCUGUGGAGACCAGAGGAGUUCAAACAAAUGAAUGACCUCAGAUUUAUUCAGCCUACAAAACACAGGGAACUCAAAUACUCUGGCUCUUGGCCAGGUGAUCAGUACAAAGACCAGCAGACACAGACCAAUUUCACUGAAGGAACUAAAAGCCCUCAGUUUUUCCAUGGCACAAAGCCUGGUGAACCAAAUAAUAAGUUGAUGACUCCAAAAUUCUUAGAAAGUGUGGCAUCUGUAACAGGGUUAAAACAGGCAGAGUUGCCUCCGGAUGAUAGAAAAUGUAGGCAGAAUGCAUACAACAUAAAAGGUCAAAUGUACCUCAGUCCAUCCAGCAAUAGUGCAUUUUCCAGGACUGCCACCUCAGCAAUUCAGGUUCCUUCACCAAAGGCAUGCCAGAACCAGCCUUUUGGGUCCGUCGCAACCAUGGCUGGACAAGAGAGGGAAGCUAGCACAAGUUUCAAAGGUGAUUCGGUCAAGGGAGAAGCAAGUGCUCCCUGCAACAGUAGGGAGCUGUUUGGUCAGUUUCUCUUGAAACCUGUAAGUCGCCGUCCCUGGGAUGCAAUAAGUGAGUUAGAAAGUUUUAACAAGGAGCUUCAAGGACAGGAAGAGAGCGCUAGUAGUGAAGAUGGUGUGGAGAAUGAGGAGAAAGCACAGCAGGACACCAUUCCUGAAAAGAUAGGGACUGCCCCAACUGAGGAAAUGGGCCAGGAAGUGAGACCUGGUAAGCAGCUAAAAACAAUUGUGCCAGAGGUUCCAAUAUUUAAACCAGGAAGAGUCAAAAGUAAGUCUGAAAGUUGGAGUACAGGGACUGAGUGGGGUGAUCAGCAUGCCCAUGUUGGAUCACAAAGCUCCUUGCAUCCAAAAGAGAUCAGUAAAUUAGUCAGGCCAGCAGAUGGAAGUGUCAUAACAGAAACAAGAAAUGAUGAAGCCAGAAGAAAAGCAAACCAACAGUUCAGUCGUGCAGGCCUAGUCAGGAGAGCUCUGUCCAGUCAUGCACAUCAGAGUAAUCCUUUCAAUCACGCUGACUCAGAGGAGGUGAAUGAAGAUAAAACUUACAUAGAUUUUGUAAAACUGGACAAAAGUGCAGUUCCCAGAAGCAAUAAAGCUUUAGAGAAAGGUGCUACAGUACGAUUGUCCUUAACUAAUAGAAAUCAAGGUCACUCUGAGCCAGAUUUAAGGUCUGUGGGACUUGACAUCAGCUCUGAGCCUUGUAUUAACCCAUCUGAAUUUUCUUCAGCUGAAAAUGCAGCGGAGAUUCCUCAAAAUGAGUCUCUGCAGGCGAGGGCAGCAAGAAUCCUGGGUAUAGAGGUAGCAGUGGAGUCUCUUAUUUCUGGUGACAGAGCUGGGCUCCACCCACCCACCAGCUCUGAAAAUGGUGUCCAUGACUUUGAAUCACCAGUAGGGAGAACUUUAGAUGAUACAGUAGAAACAAAAGAUAGCUCCUAUGAGAGCAGGCGAAAGUGUGGUUGGACAAAAAGCUCUCUCUUUGUUGGAGAUAGGGACCCCUCUUUGUGCACAUAUCAGAGCAUCGACCAAGAAGCCAGUUCUAAAAUGCUGAUAACUGAGCCGAGCUUUGAACAGUACAAAGGUGUUGAACAAGAUGAGGAUCAAAACCUGCCUUGCAAAUCUGUUGCUUAUCAGUUUGCUGAAAGAAACAUGAGUAUCCCAAGCUCAGAAAAGAAAGUCAGAAGCACCUCUAAGGUGAUCGAGACAUUACAAGGCAAACUAACCUCUCCCCCUAGCCGAACUGUCAUGGAUCGUUUGGUGCGAAUGAAAGAAGUUGACUCAGUUUCCCGUAUGAGGCGUCUGAGCAUCAAGAGCGCAGAUUCAGGAGAAGACAUGGAUGAGGAGAAACAAUCCAGGUUACAAGAGGAACGAGGGAGCAAAAUGGUGACCACAGGUGCUGUUUCCAAACGCAUUAUCUCUCUCAAUGAAAAUGGACACUUAACUGCAGUAGGCAAGAAGAAGAUUGACAAAGAUUUUUGUUUCGAUGCAUAUGAUCCCACAAAAGUCGAAAGGGUGUGAGAUGACCCAGAUGAGGAUCAGGAGACUUUUGCUCCACCAAGAAUGUUUUGCUGAUGUUGCUGUUUUUAACACUUGGAAACUGCCUCCAUUUGGUGUUUG